AUGCCCUAUGGCGGACAAAGCCCCUCUGAUGAGAAAUUGUCAGAUUCAAGUGGCUCGGAACAACAGGAAAGGCUACCCCCGCCAGCACAAGGAACUCAACAGGAUACCUCAGUAAACUCCUCACAAAACAACAUCCGACGCUCGAUAUCUGAAAAGGCCAAGACCCUGUCUACCCGUCUAUUCCAUCCCUCUUCAAACUGCGAUGAAACCGCCGCUGUUGCAGAUGACAAUCUAAUGGACCUCGGCAACCAUCGGAGUGAGGAUUUCAGCGCCAAUUCGGGACCACUUCGGCUGGCAGAGGGGCUGAUGCACGAGCGAUCCGAUCAGCAUGCCAACUAUAGUCUUCGGUCAAGUACGGUACCAGAACCUAGGCACCGCGAAAGCCAUGGAGGAGUCUUGGCUCAACUGCUCAAGUUUUACAGUGGUUUGGAUCCGCCAACACAAGAUACCCGGCCACUCAAUGAGCCACUUCCAAGAGUGGGAACACCAAGGGCUCCAUUCACUGGGAACGAACCGUACCAUAAAGACGACCAAAAAGGAAAAGGACCGGAUGGAAACCAGUUGUAUCCGUCAAUGAAUACCACAGUUGGUGAAGGAUCGAGCUUAGGUGCAAGGAGCCCGAUCCCUGCCAACGAGAUUCCUAGUGGUGCUUUCAAAUGGUCCAAAUGGGCAAAUGCCCACGGGGGCCGCCGCGUGAGGCUAGAGGACGAGAUACAUGUUGCGAUUCAUAUUGCAGAUAUCAUUUCUCGCCAAAGAUAUAUCAUCGAGCUAUGUAAGGCGCUCAUGAAAUUCGGAGCUCCAAUGCAUCGGUUGGAGGAGCAUAUGCACAUGACAGCAACGGUUCUAGAGGUGGAAAGUCAAUACCUCUAUGUGCCAGGAUGUAUGAUAAUGUCCUUUGACGACCCCACAACGCGAACAACAGAGGUCAAGCUGGUGCGAAUGGAGCAAGGAAUUGACCUAGGACUUCUGGCUGACACGCACGAUGUGUACAAGAAUGUGGUCCACGACGUUAUCGGAGUCGAAGAGGCGACUAGUGAGCUGAAGAAGAUUCUCGAUUCCAGGCCUCGCUUCAAUAAAUGGAUCAUUGUGUUGAUGUACGGACUGGCUUCGGCUAUGGUCGGUCCCUUCGCAUUCAACGCCCGGCCGAUUGACAUGCCGAUCAUUUUUUUUAACGGCACUCUUCUUGGGGUUUUACAUCAUCUCAUUGCUCCACGAUCAGCGCUAUAUAACAAUGUCUUCGAGGUAACCGCUUCGGUGUUCACCUCCUUUAUCGCACGUGCCAUAGGAAGUAUUGAAUGGGAUGCCCCUCAUGGUGACCAAGAGUACUUAUUUUGCUUCGCUGCAAUUGCCAAAUCAUCUAUUGCGCUCAUUCUCCCGGGAUACACGGUUCUCAGCAGUAGUCUGGAACUCCAGUCCCAUCAACUUGUGGCCGGAUCGAUUCGCAUGGUAUAUGCUAUCAUCUACUCGCUUUUCCUUGGCUUCGGGGUUACUGUGGGCACCACAAUCUACGGACUGAUCGAUCCUGGCGCUACAUCUCGCCUCACUUGUCCGGCUACCGGAGAGUGGACCAACGAAUAUGCGCCGCGAUUCCCGUUCGUGGCAGCAUUUGUGCUAUGCUUGCUAGUCAUCAGUCAAGGCCGAUGGAAACAAGCCCCGAUGAUGUUGUUCAUCGCAGAGGCCGGCUAUGUUGUCACCUAUUUCGUGACACGACGCAUCGGCUCCAGCUCUCAAGUGGCCAAUACUGUCGGCGCCUUCACUAUUGGCGUCAUCGGCAAUCUUUAUAGCCGUCUGUGGCACGGCCACGCUGCAACAUCCAUCUUACCAGGGAUCUUUGUCCUAGUUCCAUCAGGCCUGGCGGCUUCAGGUCCUCUUCUAAGUGGCAUCAAAUCUGCGGAUGAGACUAGGGAUAAUGUAUCUGUCGCGAUCAACCAUAGCACCUACACCAAUUAUGGGGUGGAGGCGUCUCAAACCUAUACAGCGAAUCUGGGAUUUGGAAUGGUUGAGGUAUCGAUUGGAAUUACUGUGGGAUUGUUCCUUGCGGCUCUGUUGAUCUAUCCAUUUGGGAAAAGACGAAGUGGUCUGUUCAGCUUCUAG